GUCAGCAACGGGAGAGGCGCCGGGAAACUUUUAGGCUAGUUCAUUCCAGUGGGCGGUCAGAGAGUUUAGUGCUGGAGAGGAAAAACGAUGGUCGAUUAUGAUGAUUAUUAGUAGUACUAGUAUUACUUUAGGGAGGCAUUCCGUGUGUGUUAUUUAUGCAUUUUUUGUUUAAAUUAAAUUAUAUAUUUAUUUUUUAAAAUACGAUUUCAACUAGGGAGAAUUAUCCGCCCCUUGUCCGGCUUCCUCCUCCCCCCCUUCUUCUGCGGCGUAAGAUGAUUGAAACACGUUCAACAGGUGAGGCUCAGGAAUUGCUGGACCAGCUGAAUGUGUUACUGGAGCAGGAGUUACGGUGUCAGCCAAAGGUCUCUGGCCUGAGAAUAAUCGAAUCAGCUCAUGAUAAUGGCCUCCGGAUGACGAUGAGGUUGCGAGACUUUGAAGUGAAAGACCUGCUGAGUUUAAUUCAGUUCUUUGGCUUUGGCACAGAGACAUUUUCUCUUGCUGUGAAUUUCUUAGACAGGUUUUUAUCAAAAAUGAAGGUACAAGCAAAACAUUUGGGCUGUGUUGGACUUAGUUGUUUCUAUUUGGCGGUGAAAGCAACGGAAGAAGAGAGGAACGUUCCUUUGGCCACUGACUUGAUCCGAAUCAGUCAAUACCGGUUCACAGUUGCUGAUCUGAUGAGGAUGGAAGCAAUUCUUCUGGAGAAGCUUGGUGGAAAAUUAAAAGCAACAACAGCCUUUCAGUUUCUACAACUUUAUCAUUCAAUCCUGUGUGGCAGCUUGAGCAAUGAUAGGAAAAAUCGUUUCAACUUUGAGAGGCUUGAAGCCCAGCUUAAGGCCUGUCACUGCAGAAUGGUUCUUUCUAAAGCAAAGCCAUCAGUGUUGGCUCUCUCAAUAAUAGCCCUGGAUGCCGAAAAAGAGAUACUGCUGGAAUUGAUGGAAAUGAUAGAAUCUCUCCGUGUGCAUUCUAAGAUAAACGACCGAGAGCUCUCCAUUUGGAAGGAACUUGUAUCAAAGUGCCUCUCAGAAUAUUCGCUAAACAAGUGCUCCAAACCAAAUGUUCAGAAGCUAAAAUGGAUUGUAUCCGGUCGCACAGCAAGGCAACUAAAGCACAGUUACUACAGAAUUGCCCACCUCCCCACUAUUCCAGAAACGGGUCUCUAAAUAUAAUUUUUUUUCUUUCUUUGGCUAGAAAGAAUAUUGGAGAAGAAAGGUUGUGGUACUGACUGGUAACCUGGAAGGUUAGAAUUUCAUUGCAGUUGGAGAUUCUGUUGGUUGCUCCUGACUAUACCGGAAGCAAAAUUCACUGAAGAAUUAACUGAUGAUCACUUGUCUACUUUAAAGGACCGUACAGCAUGUUGAAGUGCAACUGUUUUUAAUCCCUCUUGGGGUUUUUUGUAAGGAAGCUGGAGGUGUGCUUACAGAAGAACACAAUGGUGUAAAACAUAAGAUGUGGCAGCUAAUAUAGUGUUAAUAUUCUGGCCUGGAAACAUUGAAGUACACACGACCAGUUGUGCCUGGUCCCAAACAUUUCUGCCUAUAUAGCACUUACUGGACUAAUGGCUGGCUGAAAACAAGUUAAGUGCAGUCUGACAAAUGAGUAUCUGCUUGGACUAGUGGUGUACCAAAAUCCUUCUGUGUACCAUAUUAUUAUCAGAGGAGCAAAAGCUUGUAUGCUUGUGACUUCUGUAAUAGAAAUAGUUUCUAACACAAGAUAACAGAAGAUAAAAUUUCCAGCUCAGUCCAAAAUUCCAUAAUUGCUUGGGGGGGGGGAAUGUUGUACUUUAGAAGUAUGGAACUAUAUUAAAUGUCUUUGUCAGCAACGAAUGAUACAGAGAAUAUAGAUGCUGGAAUUAAUGGAUGUUGUUCUAGAACUUUAAUGUUUUCUAUCAAAGUAUUAAAACCCAUCUCUUCACGUAAUUGACAAACAUGAAUAUGGACAAAAGCAUAAAUGUUAUUUUUAAAGAGUUUAAAACUAGACAGCACUGUCAAUUUAAGAAUUUAGAACAUAGAAAUAAUACUCUUAGAUGAUGUUCAAUAAUGUUGAAAAGUAGAAAUGCAGGCUGAAGGAAUGCACUAUACACUGAAUUUGGGGGGGGAGGAAUUGUGAGAUUAGUCACUUGGAACUGAAUCCAGAUUUAGUUGAACUCAGAUACUGCUAGUUUCAUCACUGGAUUAAGUUAUUCAUGCCUGGGGUUGAGUCUGAUAGAUUUAAGAGGGAAUGAAGUUCAACUUACUUUGUUUAGAUCCAAUUCUUUUCUCUGUUAGGUUAAAUCUUUUUAAGUCCUUGCUAUUAUACAUUUGUAAGCUAAUAAUAUAUUUUUCAAUUCAGCAUAUCCUAGUGAACAUACUCCUUUUGGAUAGUAGUUUUUAUUCUGAUUUGCAGUGGGCCAUUUAAGUUCACAUUGUGGCCUUGAAUCUAGACAAGAUUUAUGAACUGGUUCGAUGGAAAGCUGAGGCAGGGAAAGAGCAUCAUGGUUCUUUUCAAUGUGACAUACUGUAUUGCAAUCUUUGGAUUAAAAUGAGAGGUGCAGCCCACAGCCUCCUGGAGUAUGGGAUAUGACAAAAAAUGCUAAACUGCAGUUUUGCCCAAUGGCUAUGAAGUAUAAAGCACUUGUCACCAAGCUGUCAGUAGAAUUUCCAUCUUAAGCUCUAAGCUACCUUACUGAACUAUUGAAGAAACCUUCGUUCCUUCUAGUUGUUUUAACUUCAGCAAUGUAUUCUGUAACUUGUGUCAAAGUAUGUAGUAUCUUAAUUGUUAUAUGAAUGGUUCUGUUUGACAUAAAACUGCAGGUUGAAAGCUUUUUAAAGAAAUUCUGUAGCCUUGGACAUUUAGGGACUAGUUUUGUUCUCUUGUAAUCAUACUCCACCACGGUGUCUGUUGCUGAAACUAGCUUUCAUCUUGGUGGUAUUAGUUAAAACUUACUUAUGAUUGGAGUCUGAGCAACAAAGCUAGUGUUAAUGAAUAAAGUUGUUGUAACAGUUCACUUGGUAAACUUUCUACCUCAUUACAAGAUACUGUUCGAAGUGAACUCAUGUGAUGUGUUGCAAUGUGCCUUUAUCUGCUUGUAGAGUGGAGGAGAAAUUUCAAAGUGAAAUAGUAAAUGUGAAGGAGAUCUUCGUUGCUCAUUGUCAAAAGUGUCAUUGUGCCUUGUAUUCGAAAAUGUACUUUCAAUAAAAAAUGGAAAUAACAUUGCAAUGUA